AAAUGUGAUGGUUUUGCGUAAUUUCCUCUCUAAAAUAACUACCUCUGUUCUCUAAAAACCUCCAAAAUCUGCUCCAACAGUUUCUUAUUUCAUUCCCACUCCCUAAAAUUUUAGAAAAAUUCCCUAAAUUCUCUCUUCUCUUCCCCAAAUGCAGAGUACGGACAUCUCAUUCCCUAAAAUGAAAUAUGCUCACACGGGAAAUUAACCAUCGGUUUCACAUUGCUUCCGCUCGGCACGAGCCGCCAACCCCAACCCGUCGCCGCUGCUUUCCGCCCACCGCCGGUCGCCGCUGGCCACCCGAACCUCCUCGCGCCCUCCCCGGCCCCAUGCGCCCCUCCUUGACUUGAUUCCUGGCCGGAAUCGAGACCGCUGCUGUCGGCCGCCAUGGCCUCGACCGCGACCACCAUGGCCACGCCCAUCGCGCUGCCAUCGUCCAUGGCCUCCCUCGUGGCCGUCGCGCCGCCGGAGGAGCUGCAGCACCACGACGCGGGAGCAGCAGCGGCAAUGCUGGAGAAGGGGAGCGGCCGCGAUUGGGGCAGGCGGAGGAGGGGUGGGGCACGAAUGGGUGCGGGGUGGAGCAGGGAAGCGGCGGCGGCUGCUGGGGGACGGCGGUCGUCCAAGAGCAGGGGCGGCGGUGGUCGGAUUCGGCCUGAUCUGGGAGCAGGAGCUAGCGAGAUUUGGAGGAAGCACAGAGGAGGAAGAAGAAGAAGGGUAUGUGUCACUGACGGGUUUGAAGAAACAGAUGAAGGAAAGGACUUGCCUCGGGACAUGUCCGUGCAGCCACAAAUCUGAAAAUGGGGGACAAGCCUCAGAACAUGUCCCCUGUGUGCAGCCACAAAUUUGAAAAGUUGAUUACAUACCCCCAAGACAUGUUCUACAUUUGCAGCCCCAUCUUGUGCUGCUCAAGUGAUGCUAAAUGGGCUUUUGUAACCUGUCAACCAAUAGUAUAAAUAGAUAGCAGCACCCAUCUUUUAGGGUUAGACAAGAACUAAGAACUAGUUGAGCUUUUCUCCUUUUCUAGGGUUUUAAACUUCUGAUCUAUCCAUAGAAUUGUGAGAUCCCUCCACCCUAGAUCUUUCAUUUCCUUGUGUUUUUAAGAAUUGAAUUAGCAUCACUUCUAGUGGAGAUUGAGACAUCCAUCAAGUGUUUUGUUGGAUGAGUUUAUUGUCAAAGGUAUUGUUGGCAUUUGGUUCA